AUGGAUAAAAACGGCAUCGUGUUGAUGCAAAGGUACGAAUUAGGUCGUCUUCUAGGUCAAGGCACAUUCGCGAAAGUGUAUCACGCACGCAACCUAAAAACAGGAGAAAGCGUAGCGAUCAAGGUAAUCGAUAAACAGAAAGUCUUGAAAGUCGGUUUAAUCGAUCAAAUCAAACGGGAAAUCUCAGUGAUGCGCCUCGUUCGCCAUCCAAACGUUGUCUUCCUCCACGAAGUCAUGGCGAGCAAAACAAAGAUAUACUUCGCGAUGGAAUAUGUUAAAGGCGGUGAGCUUUUCGAUAAAGUCUCUAAAGGAAAGCUGAAAGAAGAUGUUGCUCGAAAAUAUUUCCAGCAAUUGAUCGGAGCAAUCGAUUAUUGCCAUAGCCGUGGAGUUUACCACCGCGAUCUUAAACCGGAGAAUCUACUUCUAGACGAAAACGGUGACUUGAAAAUAUCUGAUUUCGGGCUCAGCGCGUUGAAAGAGUCGAGGAAAGGAGAUGGCUUGCUUCACACGACAUGUGGAACACCAGCUUACGUGGCACCUGAAGUGAUCUGCAAGAAAGGUUAUGAUGGAGCUAAAGCUGAUGUUUGGUCUUGUGGAGUUGUGUUGUAUGUGUUGUUAGCUGGAUUUCUUCCGUUUCACGAACAGAAUCUUGUCGAAAUGUAUCAGAAAAUCACCAAAGGAGAAUUCAAAUGUCCGAAUUGGUUUCCUCCUGAGGUCAAGAAGCUGCUAUCUCGGAUUCUUGAUCCUAACCCUCAUUCAAGAAUCAAGAUCGACAAAAUCAUGGAAAAUUCUUGGUUUCAAAAGUGUUUCAAGAAGAUCGAAACACCUAAAUCGCCGGAUAGUCAUCAAAUCGAAUCGCUAAUCAGCGAUGUCCACGCAGCAUUCAAUGUACAACCGAUGUGUUACAACGCGUUUGACCUAAUCUCUUCACUGUCUCAAGGAUUCGAUCUAUCGGGUUUGUUUGAGAAAGAAGAGAGAUCAGAAUCCAUAUUUACAACUAAGAAAGAAGCGAAAGAGAUAGUGUCGAAAUUCGAAGAGAUAGCUACGACUAGUGAGAGAUUUAAUUUGACGAAGAGCAACGUAGGAGUGAAGAUGGAAGAUAGAAGAGAAGGAAGAAAAGGACAACUUGCGAUUGAUGUUGAGAUAUUUGAAGUGACAAAGAGUUUUCAUAUGGUUGAGUUUAAGAAAAGUGGAGGUGAUACAAUGGAGUAUAAGCAAUUUUGUGAUCGUGAGCUUAAGCCUUCUUUAAAAGAUAUUGUUUGGAAAUGGCAAGGAAACAACAACAAUAGCAACAAUGAGAAGAUUGUUUGA